AUGUCAAAAAUCAUCAUUUUUUCGGUCGCUCUUGCUUCGCUCAAACUAUUUUCCGCCGAAAAACUCGUGGAAGACGGGGGAAAUGUGGAAUAUGUCGAGUUCGAAACUCGUUUUCAGUGCGACACAAGUCUGUUCUGCCGCAAGAAUUACAAACCCUAUUUGGAGAGAAACAAUAAUCGCUUUAAACUUCUUCGAGAAUAUGCGAAAGAUAUUAGGGAAUUGCAAGAAAAUGGGAUUAUUGGUAUUAAAAAGUUAGUUCUUUUUUACAAUUUAAAUAAAAAACUCACAAGGGCAUAAGGUCAGGUGUUGAAAUUUUAAUAAAACAUACCGAAAUAUACCAAAUCGACCAUGCUGAUCACGAAUCCGAAUUCAAAAAUUGCCACAAAUUCCUGUGAGCACUUUUCUGGAGCUCCAAAGUUAGUUCGUCGAUUUUCACCAUGUUCCUGGGUGGAAAAUCAAGGUUUAUAACUUGGAUAAGUUUGUUCACCACAUUCAAAAACCUGUCAGCUUUUUAGUUUAUCAAAAAUAUCAACUAGCAGCUGAAAACUGUUAUUGUGCUCAAAAAACGUGUGUAUUGAUGACUUUUUUUUUAAAUUACAGUUUUCAGCUGCGAUUUGAUAUUUUUAUAAUCUAAAAAGCUGACAGGUUUUCGAAUGUGGCGAACAAACUUAUCCAAGUUAUAAACCUUGAUUUUCCACCCAGGAACAUGGUGAAAAUGGACGAACUAACUUUAGAGCUCCAGAAAAGUGCUCACAGGCAUUUGUGGCAAUUUUUGACUUCGGAAUCGUGAUCAGCAUGUUCGAUUUGGUAUAUUUCUUUAUGCUUCAUCAAAAUUUCAACACCUGACCUCUUCCCUUGUGAGUUUUUUUUUAAUUUAAAUUGUAAAGAACCAAAUUUUCCAGCGAUUCCCACCUAUUCCCCCUGAUUUCGGCGCAAAAUUCGCUGUGCUUAGACGAUACAAUCGGAUUUUUACUGGACGAAAACGUCGAGAAUUAUAAGAUUGCUUGUGUUUGGACGGGGAUGAGUCAAUAUGGAAGUUGUGUUGCAGUCCCGGAAAAAUAUACAACCAAACCCUUCUUUUAUAUUCAUGGGAGUGAAUGGGCAGGCAGAGUUAAUGUAAGUCCAGAAACCUAAAAGGUCCCAAGAAGAAUAUAAUUGCAGAAAGUUCGAGAAGCCUUGAAAUGUGAAGGGUUGCCUGCAACUUCGCCGAGAAACUUGGUAAGCUCUCCCCCUCGCUCCUCAAAACUCCCAAAAACUUUUCUUUCCAGAAUCAUGAGCUAUUUAUUUGUAAUGAUCGUUGUAUCCAGGGUGGAAUCGGAUUCCUUGCCUCAAUUAUCAUACUCGUUUUAAUCACCCUAUCCUUCUUCAAAAACUGCGGAUAA